UGCAAAACAAGCUGUAUAUUUUUUUUACAAAGCUUUCUCCAGAACCCCGCUCUGAGAUUCAUUUUGACCUACCAAGCUUUCAUCUUCCCUCUGAAAUUUUACCUUCAGUUCUUUCAUUGAUACUACUGAAAAUCAGUUAUAUCAGUCAAUAUCAUGGCUGCAAGUUUUGCCAAGAGACAGACCACCAGGUUUUUAGGACCUCUUCUUUCUUCAUCUCUGCCUCAUCUCUCCACCAGGAAUGGAGUUCCGGGAAGCACCAGAAUCUCACCUCUCCUCACCCAAUUCGUCGAUUCCGACUCAGUCAAGUCUCCACCCUCUUCACCCAUCCAAAAACUCAACUUCCCAGAUUCCUUUACUAACAGAUUUGGCCCCCAAUUUAGCUCCUAUCCCAAUAUAUACCAAAAAUUUCUUCUGAAACCCAAAAGCUCUGAUCUCAGUGAUCUGCUUCUGUCAACGAACGGCCAAAGGGUCGUAUUCUCAAGUUCUUCGGGGCAGUCAAGAUGCAGCUGUGAGAAAUGCCAGACCAGCGACGAGUCAAAGAGCCCGGAGAUCUGUGGGACCACCUUCGACCGAGACGAAUCCGAGCUGGCCGAGACCCGAGAGGUUGUUGAGAAGAUGAUGAAGAGUAUCGCUUCACUGAGUAAGGCAAUGAGUUUUCUCUGCGUCAUUCCGAUGGGUUUGGGUGGUUGGUUUAUGAUUGGCUCGGGGUGUUCUUUCAUGCCUGAUAUUUUGCUGCCGACCUUCUUGGCCUCUGGGCUCUCGGUUCAAAUGGCUUUCGUGAUGAUAAGGUCGCUGGAACCAAUACUGUUGUUCCAGAGAAUGGAGGCGCUGGGGAGGCUGCAUACUACGACUAUGAGCAUAGAGAUUGCCAUGCAAAUGAACUUGUUCUUUUCUCGCCUCCAUGUUUGUUUUCUUUCUUGCAUUGUUGUUGCUUCUGUUGGUUUGGUCUAUCUUGUUUUCAUUAAAUAAAUUGAAUUUAUGGACAAAAAUCCCGGUUCCGGUGUUCCAAACCGGAAAAAUUCCUGGUACCGUUCUGAAACUAUCAUGUUUCAUUUAGAAUGCAUUUUUUUCUCAUCUUGAAUCGGUCCCAUAUCGAUAUCCACCGGGAUGGGACUAGGACAACUAGAUAGUACUAGUAUAAAAUACAAUGUCACAUCCCGGUGUGACGUUUGAAAUUAGUAGGUUAUUUUAAAUUUUUAAUGCUAUAUAAUAGUCAAGCCCAAUUAAAAGUUUAUAUCCUAGUGUACGCAGUUUUAUUUUAUUUCAUGUCUCUCUUAGUCUCUUAUCUUGUUUUAA